AUUACAGCCAAAUAGUUCAGACCUUCAGUAGGUACGAGAGCAUGGUUCACAUGCGGUCAAAGAAUGUUUUUUUAAAAAAACAAUAAUUAAAGAUGAAAAUAUUCUAUGAAUCGUAAUUACAGUUAAAAUGCUAAUUUUGUUUCUCAAAAUCCCUAAAUUAUCAAAAACCAGAACCUCUAACACAAAGAAAUUCUUAAUCAACUAGAGAACGAGGAUGAGAGAUCAAGGAAGCUCGCUUUCUAGAGGUCGAUAUUCAAGCUCACCCAACAUUUGCAGUAAUGGAGGUUCUCAUCUAGAGCAUGAUUAUGAGGGAGUGGCUCAAUAUUGUAUACGUGGUUUGAAGGCUCCACGUCGUGUUUCUUGGACCGAUAAAAACCAGGUAGAAAGAUUUUAUGCACGUAGGUUUUUGAAGCCUAGGGGAUGUGACUUCUUUCAGAGGCAUGAUGCUAAGAUGGAUGAUAGGGCUGUAGAAUUGAUUAAUGAGCUGUCAUCACAAAUACAUUGGAAAAAUUCAGUACAUGCCGGUGACUAUUUGCAAAACAGUGGAAGUGGUAGAUAUGAUAAUAUUUCAUCUACAAUAUCAGGGGAGGUGGAAAACUUAUUAAUGGAGUUAAGGGAACAAAGGAUCGAACUACAGAUGAUGAAGAGAAGAGAAAUCUUCUUGUAUUUUGCAGUUUACUUUAGUGUACUUUUGUUGGUAAUGUUUUAUUUAAAGAUGUCUAAGCAGUAAUACAUAGUUGUGAGAUGUUACCUUUUGUUUUAGGUUAAUUAUGUGGAAGUAAGAAAGAAAUAGUGCUUUUUGCUGUUUGUUGAUUAGGUGGAAGCAAGAAAUGGUUGUAAUUGAAUAUUGAUCUUUUUUUAGGCUGCCUUAAACUGUGCAAUGAAAGAUUUGAGAGGGCUUCUUGUUUCCUA